AUGAUUUAUAAGUCACCAACCAACCUUCCAAUCACCCUGUCAGGAAGCCAACGCACCUCAAACGAUGGUUCCGUUUGCGCCAGACCCUUCACCGGCAGCACGCAGAGUUCGCUCGCCUCCAACGGGCCCGACCAGACCCGUGGGUCGCUUGCUUCGGUGUCCGGUGACCGAGGCGAUUUCGCGCAGUUUGGCGUCGGCUUACGCAGGUCGACCGAACAGAGCGGCCUACCUCGAGGGCAGCAGAACCAACCGCAGCCGGAGCCAGGGUCGUCAAGGCGACAGUCUCUGGCCCCCUUGGACACGGCAUCUGAGGCGUCAGGAUCCCAGUCGGGUAGACGCGGUCGUCGUCCAGGCGAAAUUUGCCUUGAUGACGAACAGGCGACCUUGGCAGCUGCUCGAGCCUGCGAUGAGAUGAUUAUGGCAGCGGCGAUGGGCAUUCGUUCGCCGAUCCAAAUAGGGCCUGGACGGGCAGGCUAUUUCGAUGAAGAGGAUGAAGAACAAGCGGAGCUGGACAAAGAGGAAUUGGAACAGCGUGAACGGGGUAAGCAUGAUUUGGGCUAUAUUGAAACUCAAAUGAUCAUUUUAUGUUCCCCAGGUUUUUUGGGUCGUGUUUUCCGACACCUCCAAGAACUUACCCCCUGCGCAAUUGUCGCCAUGUCGUCGGACCACUGUCUGGAUACACUCCUACGUUUAGCCCGUAUCCUAGUCUGUAUGGUCACUGAGUUACAACUGAUCAAAAUUACUCUUAAAUUCACCUCCUCACCAAUUUCCUGUUAUAUGAUUGCCUCACCUCUUCCCCCUUCUUUUCUGGUAUCUGCCUUAGCCCAUAGUCCUACAUCCCCAUUCUAUCUUAACCUUUGCGUGCCCUCGUCUGUACCACUGCAAACCACUUGCAUAACUAAAAAAAUGGAUACGAACUGGGACAUAUAUCAGGAGCGUCACUUGAUAAACCGUAUUUUGUUCGCCUGCAUUCGUGGUGACCUUCCUUUGGCUAAAUCUGCCCUACUUUCCCUUUCUCAAUUCUACACACAUACACACACACAUACAUACACACACAUAUGCACAUUCGCUCCACUUGCUUCGCACAUCCUUCUUUGGAACCAUUCGCGGAUCCCAGAAGAAGAACUGGCGGAGUUCGAGUUAUAUGCCGGGGCCUUGGACAGCUGUGAUGAAGUGGAUUUCGAGCGACAUUCGGGCUACCUGGGCCCCCUGGAGGAGGAGGGUGAGGAUGCUCUUCAGCAGCAGCAACAUUACCAGCAGGAGCACUAUCUGCAGCAGCUGAAGGACACCCUUCGCAGGCACCGGGGCUCAGGAUUCUCUAGAGAGGAGGAAGAUCAGUGGAAGUGA